CAAGGCAAGAAGAAAUCCUUAAUCUUUUAAAGGAUACAUUGGAAAGAUCAAGCAGAAAACCGAAACGUCUUCUAAUUAUGGGAGAUUUAAACGUCAACACAGCAAAUUUGCCAACCACAAGCUCCUUGAA